CUUUUCCUCAGCAAGCCAGCUCUGAUGGAUUUGAGCGGGUUCAGCAUCAUCCAGAUGUAGAAGAGGAUACACUAAUGGAGGAACUAAUUGACGAGGACGAGCUAGAAGCAGACGGCUUACAUUUGAAACUAACAUCGCCAGGUGUCCCGUUAACAUCCGCCCAAACCUUCAUGCGUGGCCAUGGAACAUACGUUGACGGCGAGGAAGUCGUCGCGUCCACCGCGGGGACUGUCGAACGAGUCAACAAACUCAUAACUGUUCGGCCGCUCCGGGCAAGGUACAAUCCUGAAAUCGGUGACCUUGUUGUCGGACGGAUAACAGAGGUUGCUGCCCGACGUUGGAAAGCUGAUGCUAAUGCGCGGCAAGACGCGGUCUUGAUGCUUUCGUCCAUCAAUUUGCCAGGGGGUGUUCAGCGACGAAAACUUGAGAGUGAUGAACUGCAGAUGCGAAAUUUCUUCGAGGAAGGAGAUUUGCUAGUGGCUGAAGUUCAAGCCUUUUUCGCGGAUGGAUCGAUGUCAUUGCAUACGAGAUCUCUCAAGUACGGGAAGCUUCGUAAUGGGCAGCUUGUUGUUGUCCCCCCGAUACUUAUUCGUCGUUUAAAGAGCCAUUUUAUUUCAUUGCCUUGUGGCGUGGAUCUUAUACUUGGCCUUAAUGGUUAUGUAUGGGUAAAUAAGCAUACGAGUGAGCAUGAGCGCGAAGGUGAAGAAGGGUUUGACGCGGAGGCCGUGUAUUCAAAUCGCAACGAUGAGAUUGAUCUUACUACCCGCACUGCUAUCGCCCGCGUAUACAAUAUCUUGCGUGUACUGGCAAUCCAUUUCGUCCCGAUAACAGAUGCAGUACUCGCAGAUGCUUACGAAUGGGCUAUUGAACAAGAUUUAGACUGUAGUGUGAAGGACCUAUUGCGGGAAGAAAAUUCGGAGGCGAUGGUAUUAGCUAUAACAGCAAGAGCAGUAUGA